GGCUGGAAAAGUUUGCGUAGCGCAACUUGGGCGGCGGCGAAAGCCGAGCGGCCGGCCGGCAAGUUCUCUGCGUGUGGCUGGCCCUCCGGCUCCGCGCGCGGGCGGACCGCGGCAGGUGGGCUCCCGGGCCGCAGACGUGGGUCCCAGGAGCCGAGGGAAGGCGAGGAGGCGCAUCACCUCGGCCACUGGGCGGCGGCCCGGGGAGCAGCAAAAUCUCCCCGGGAGGCGGUUUCUUCGCGGCCACCGCGCGCUCAGGAGUUUUCAGCCACUUUGCCGCCGGCUCGGUGGUCGGUGCAGAGAGGAGCUAUAGAAAAACGAUCGAGCGGAGGGGCUGUCCCCCGGGGGUGCACUGUCGUAGGAAAGUGAAAUCUCCAGCCUGAAAACCGCCAGCCCCUCCCUUCUAAAAAGAGGGAAGAAAAACUCGCGUUUUGUUCCGACACGCGGGUGAAUCAUGAGUGUGUGUCGAUCUCCAGUGAAAAGGGAUCUUCUGCAUAGCUUAUGUUACUCAGAAGAGCAGUUGUUUCCACGUCUGUCACCACAGCAUGUGUAAUAGCUUGGAAUUAUGGGCUUGCUUAAAGAAAUCCAGAUGUGUUCCAUUUAUACGGUGCCCAUCUGUUUUCAAGUACGGAACAUGUCACGCAGAUACCUUCAGGUCCCCUUCCUUGCACUUCAUCUGGAAACAGAGCUCACUACUUCCCCCAGGUGUGGACACAGCAGAGGAUAACCUGUGCCAGGUUUUGUGUGUGAAGCUGUGUGGAAAUCUAAAAUACAGUCAAUCACAUCUUUAUAGUACAGUGGUGCCCCCUGAUGAAAUAACCAUUAAUUAUAGACAUGGCCUUCCCUUGAUAACCCUUACUUUGCCAUCCAGAAAAGAGCGUUGUCAAUUUGUGGUCAAACCAAUGUUAUCAACAGUUGGUUCAUUCCUUCGGGACCUACAAAAUGAAGAUAAAGGUGUCAAAACUGCAGCCAUCUUGACAACAGAUGGCCGUGAAAUUCCAGCUACCACUUUAAUGGAAAUUUUGCUAAUGAAUGAUUUUAAACUUGUCAUUAACAAAAUAACGUAUGAUGUUCAGUGCCCUAAGAAAGAAAAACUGAGUAUGGAGCAUGCCACCGACAUGGAAAAUGUGAAAUCCUUGGUCCACAGACUGUUUACAGCUUUGCAUUUAGAAGAGUUUCAGAAAAAGAGAGAGCACCAUUUACUGGAGAAAAUUGACCACCUGAGGGGACAGCUGCAGCCUCUUGAACAGAUAAAGGCUGGAAUCGAAGCUCGCUCAGAAGCCAAAACCAGUGGACUUUUGUGGGCUGGAUUAGCAUUGCUAUCCAUUCAGGGCGGGGCGUUGGCCUGGCUCACUUGGUGGGUGUACUCCUGGGAUAUUAUGGAACCAGUGACAUACUUCAUCACAUUUGCAAAUUCCAUGGUCUUUUUUGCAUACUUUAUAGUCACUCGACAGGAUUAUACUUACUCAGCUGUUAAAAGUAGGCAGUUUCUUCACUUCUUCCAUAAGAAAUCAAAGCAACAGCAUUUUGAUGUGGUGCAGUACAACAAGCUAAAAGAAGAUCUUGCUAAGGAGAACACAAAACCAGAUCCAACUUCCAAAAGUCAACUUUCAAAAAACCCAGGCGCGGGAGGUGCCAACAGCCGCCCAGCCAGCCUCCCAAGGUUUAAAUGGCCCGACGCCCGGCAAGAAAGAGCCGUCCGGAGGACAAAGGCGGAGCGGGCACGCCCCAGCGCCGGGCGCCGCUACCCCGGGCGGCCCUGAGGCGGCGGCGACCCCGCACGGAGUCCCGGGCUGGUUUUCUGGACCAGAAGGCAUUUAACAAGCUGCCCCCACCGGACUUGCGCGCUUCCCUCCAAGACCCGCAACUCUUUCCGGCCGCCCAGCUCCCGCGUCCCCGCCCCCGCCCGCGCGCCCCGCUGGGGAAGCUGCCCCGCGCCCCCUCGGCACCCGCGGGCCUACCUGCAGGGCGAGUCCCGCUGAGCCCCGGCGCCGAAGUCAUAGUGUCCCAGCCCGCAGAGCUGGCGCCCGGGAAAGACUCAGCUUCCUG